CGUGUUUUUCUUCGGGCGCGGAGUGCGGGGCAACGCAACGCUCGAGAUAGUUUCCGCGGCUACCCUACGUGAUCACGAUAACAUAUAAAUUCCAGCGGGUGCCCUCUCCCAAGGAGGUCGCACCUUCUCGCCAGACGACGCCAUACCUGCGGACGACGAAUGCAGGUAACAUGACAUCGAGUGUCUCCGGUCAAUGCCAACUUGGUCUUGAUCCAGACAGCGGCCAAAACAUCAGUCUGCCACGUUGGGAGUAAAGCGAAGGCUAUACAUAGACGACAGUUGCACAGGUACACGCUACCGAAACCAUGACUGUGGAUCAAGCAGAACGGGGAUGCCGUGCCGUCUGCAUAGCUCUCCUCUAUUUGAUCGGCAUGCUGCUCAUUAUUGCCGGAAUUGCAGCUGGGAUCUUCACGCAGACAUAUCCGGACCUCCUGCUGUAUCUGGCCAUAGCUGCCGGUGCUGCGAUUAUCAUGGGUUUACUGUUUGUUGCAAUGUCUGCAGUUGUCUGCACGCGAAAGAAACAUCCGCCUCGCAAGUCUUCAAUGGCAUUUACACCAGAGUCAUAUAGUCCCAGUCCCAUCAACAAUGUAGGCAGCAGACCUGACCUGAUUCUGCCAUUAGAAUCUGUAACCGACUCUUCAAAAGUGCCUGAUGGCAAGUCUGACACGAUGAGUGACGUGAAUGAUGGGUGGCGUGCAGAAAAAGGGGAGUACCAGAGUAUGAACUCGGUUGGUUUACCUGCAUCCAAGAAAGCGCAGAAGCCCGCUACUAGUUCACCACGUCUUUUAAAAGCAAAGGGGCCACAAUCUUUGAACAACGCAUCACCAAGUCUCCCUGACAUUCCACGCGCAGGACAGAAAGCUAACAACUCCCAAAACACUAAACCAAGAAGUUCUCAGGGGAAGCAGCUACUUCUCACUGGAACGUCAAGUAUCAGCGACUUCAGUUCCCUAGCGAUGUCGGGGGAUGACGUCGUUUUCGACAGUACUCCACCUGAGAGAAGUGCACCUAGACCCACCACGACGGGUCGGGGCCGUGUCCCGCUGACAGCUUUCAAACACGCAUCGAGGUCUGUGUCAGACUUGGAUGACGACGUAUCCCUUGAGCCAGUUUUGAAGUCAGCACAUAAAGAUGUCCCUCGGUCUGCUCGGCAGAUGGAACCCCGUCUUGCCGUCAGCUGCCACAACAUUCUUAGCGAAGAGCCCGUCCGUGUUGGAAUUCACCAUGUGCGUCAACGAGAGGCCGUCACAAGGAGCUCCGCCGCCAAGCCACCUGUACCACGCAAAGUGGCAGGCGUCGCGCUACCAGGGCUAGCGAAACAACCAAAGAGUGCAACUGCAUCCCACAGUGAGAACGACCUCCUGCGGCAACCUGAGCUGAGCACAAGGCCCAACGAAGGUGUACGACCAGUUGUCCCACGUAAACCCAACGUUCGCUAUAUCCCAAAGUCUGUUCCUGACCUGUUGGAUAGUUCCGGUGAGUACAACGGACCAGCGGAACCCUCGAAGAAAACUAUCACCGUAACCGUAAUAUCGCGAUCUACAAACCCGUUGCCUGCGUCUGGCGCACCAUGUGCGGAGUUCACAAAACAGACAGCUGACCUUGAAAGGUGCAACAUGAUAGGACUGCCACUGCCUCUCUCUUUGCCACCCAGACAAGCCACCAGCACAAACUCCGGCGUAUCAGAAGGAACCGCCGUUCGAACCCUGAAGUCAACCAUCACGUCACAGCCUGAGUGGGCACCAAGUGUGUCAUCACGGAGCAAUACGAUGUCUAGCGAGGACAGCCAUGGACCUUUCAAUAAUUCGCAGGACUUGCUGUUGGAAGGGCACAGGAACCUUAUGGAGACUGAAAUAUAGUCCUUUGUGCCAAAUUGCCUUGUGUUCACAGUGCAUCAUAACGCGAGUAUAUCGUGACUCAUUAGCAACACGAAGUGCUUAGAGGGACUGUGUCCAGUUACAAAGCACAUCUGUUUUCAAUAAAAUCGUACACGCUCACAUU